AAACAUGUCGGUCAGACCCAGAGGAGCAACAAGUGAGAAUUCUUUGACCAAGGAGACAAAUUUAUCCACAAGGUUCACCUGAUACAAGGAAACCAAGUGUGCUGAAUGGAGAAGAAGUCUUUACGCACAAUAUACAUAGACUCCUCCCAGACAUGCCUGGAAGAAAACCUCUUGUUACAGUAGGAGCUGGCCACUGACAGAGGCUCCAUCCACGCUGACUGAUGCUCCAAAACAUCUGAGUAACAGUCUAUGUUCAUAUUUUGCGAGCUUUACGCAUAUCCAAAAUGAGAGCCUUUAUUUCGACAGUGACAGUGUUAUGGGUGAUAAUACUACCCUGCAUGGAAGCUAUUCACGGAUUGUACAGUUUUGGCCAGCAUGAAUUUUUCUACAAAAAGAAUAACUGCAAACCCAUUCCUGCAAACCUCCUAUUGUGCCACGAUAUAGAGUACACGGAGAUGCGCCUCCCGAACCUGCUCGGACACGAAACCAUGAAUGAAGUUCUGCAGCAAGCUUCGUCUUGGAUCCCGCUGGUUCAGAAGCAAUGUCAUCCCGACACAAGAAAGUUCCUGUGCUCCCUUUUCGCUCCUGUCUGUCUGGACGAUUUGGACGAGCCCAUACAGCCGUGCAGGUCCCUGUGCGAAAGCGUUAAAUACGGCUGCGCGCCCGUGAUGUCCGCUUUCGGCUUUCCAUGGCCAAAGAUGUUAGACUGCGAUCGUUUUCCACUCGACAAUGACCUGUGCAUACCACCUGCAGGCAUCGAUAACUUUGCACUAGUCACCAAAGAGGUGCCCAGAGUGUGUGAUGCUUGCAAGGAAACGGAUGAAAAUGACAAUGAAAUUGUCGACAACUUGUGUAAAAAUGACUUUGCUCUGAAGAUCAAAGUCAAGGAGAUCUCCUACAUCAACGGUGACACCAAGAUAGUGCCAGAGACCAAGAGCAAGACCAUUUACAAGCUGAACGGUGUGACGGAGCGUGACCUGAGGAAGACGGUGCUGUGGCUGAAGGACGGCCUGCAGUGCAUCUGUGAGGAGAUGAAUGACAUCAAUGCUGCCUACCUGGUCAUGGGCCAGAAGAUGGACGGCCAUCUGGUCAUCACCUCGCUGAGGCGUUGGCAGAAGGGACAGCGCGAGUUUAAGAGGAUUUCCCGCAGUAUCCGCAAGCUGCAGUGCUAGGAAGAAAGAAAAAGAAAAAGAAAAACUGCAUGUGUGACUGUUGAAGUUUAGUCAAGCCCUUCCCUGUUGACAUUUUCAUAAUCGGGUUUCACUAAUAGAUUCCUCUCUAGAUUCUAGCAAAGUUUUCCUGGUCUUAGACACACAUCUCCAGUUUGUCAAUGGUUUAUCAAUACAAAAAAAUGCCAAAUAUCCUAAAAAAAAUUACACAAGAUAGGCCAUACAUGAGGUUACAGAACAAAAAAAACUUACAUUUAUUUUAUCUACAGCUGCAAUUUUUAUGGAUUUUCAAUUUCUGGAAGGUGCCAGGCCCCAAUACACUCAAGCUACAUUAAUCAGUAUUUUUAAAAGCCAACUUUGGGUAGCUAAAAAACACUAAUUGGCCAUGUCUUUUGAGCAGAACAGCCACAAUUUUAUCUGCUACAGACACAGAGACAAGUAAAAACAGAAUGACAAGUCCUUAUAUUUCUGAGAUUUUGUGCAGUUCAUCUAUUGACUCACCUUCAUUUUGCACUUAUGAGGCAUUGAACUCCCCCUAGUGGCCACUUUUCAUGUGGUUCGUCUUCUUGCAGGGGGGCCGUCUUUGCUGUCACCUCACUAAUUGCAGUUAAUUACACUCAGCUGGUGUGCCAGGUGUAGAGGAAUUAUUAAUUACACGGUUGGAGCAAAAACUAACUCGGCAUUAAAUCAGGAUUAAAAAUGAUUCACUCUAAUAAUCAUUGGCAGAUGUGGCCUAACUGUUAAAUCCAGCAAUGGAGGGAGAGAUUAUCACACUUUAAAACAUCAUUAAAAUGAAAACUUUUUACUUUUAUUAAAAACUUUAAACUUUUACAACAUCCUUUUUUCUUCUGGUGUCACUAAAAUAUUCCUUGGGAUGUACAGUACCAGUCAAAAGUUUGGACUCAUCUUACCAUUCCUUUGAAUGAGAAAGUGUGUCCAAACUUUUGACUGGUACUGUACAUCUGCUCAGAUCUGUAUCAUAACCUAAAAAUUAAAAAAAAAAUCACGUGGGGGGGCUUCAAACAGGAUUCAAUCAUCAGCAUUUUGUUUAGUUGUGUCUGGACUCUAUUCAAAACUCUCAUAGGAGCAAAUUACAUUAGAGGAGUCAAAGGUCUUGACACCUUGAGAUCAAUACCCAUGAUUGAAGUAUUAAGGUUAAAUAAAAAGAGACAUUUUUAGAGGUUAAAAGUCUUCCUAAUAAGGUGUUUGCAUCUGAUAGACUGUCACUUCUGUCAUAGUUCAACAGACACCAUGACUUGACUUGACCUGACUGGACUUGACUCGACUUGACACCAUCACAAAAGUGGAUUAAUAAUGUUUGGUGCAUAUUGAGUGAAGCUGUGAUCCCCGUGUGCGCUUGUGUGACGUUCAAAGACAAAAUAAUGUUUGUGCUUUUGUAUUCCUCCCGUUUUCUCAAACAAAAAUGAGAGAUAGCUGGCUAUAUUCUCUUCCUGUUCAACAUUUAUUCUUAGCAGUCUUUUUAUACUUGAGCCACUGCAUACUUUUCUACCACAGUAUGAUAAAACUAAUAUUUUUCUACUCCAGACUUUCAUAUUUCAUUUGAACUUUUAUGUUAAGCUUUGGUUUGCAUCUUCAUCCUGUUGUUUGAUGAGCUUCCUGCUUUUACUCAUUAACUGUUUUUAAUUACCUGGCUUUUAGGUAUUAAUAUCUGAGUUUUGGCUGAUAUAGUGUUGAUUUGAUGAGCAGUACUUUUAACAAAUAAUCAUGUGGUUGUGUGUAUGUGCAAUGUAAAGUAUUUUUUUUUUGGAAGUAUUACUUUGUAAAUAUCAAAUAACGUCCUUUAUUCUUGUAUAAAGUUUUCAGCCAUUAAAAGCUGCCAGCGACAUGUUUGAAAUGACUCAGCUUAUUGUUGUUCCAACAGUCCAUUAAAAGUAAAGGUCAAAUAUGACUGCAUUCAGAAAACUGAUACACUGAGGAAUAACAGAGGGGUGUCAAAGUGCCAUGUUAUAUGGUGGAAAGUAAACCCAUGUUAUGUACUAUUGAUCACACAGCACCAUCUAGUGGAAUUAUCUAACAAAUUCUUAUCAUAGGUCAAAGCUAGAAUCAUGAGAGACA